CAGCCCAAAAACAGAAAACGUUACUCCCUUUAUUCUACCACUCUCUCUAUACACUGUGUGAUAUUAAGCCUCCCACUUUCAUUUCAAUGGCCUAAACAACAGAAUCAAGUAUAUAAAUGAAGAUGGGUGAGUUUCGAGAAUCUUCAUCUCCUCUAAGAACACCGUCUCAUUCUCCUAACCAAAGUCUUCCCCGUCCAAACUACGUUCAUGGAGACUUCUCUCCCAGCAACAACAGAUUCUCUUUCAACUCUUCCUCAGAAUUUUCACUCUCGAGCUCCUUCUCUAACGGAUUCUACUCUUCCGACGAUAGCUCUGCUUCUCCUCCGUUUAACGGGCUUAUCCCUAACUACAAUCACUCCUCUCCGUUCACUUAUCAUCACCAUGACAAGAGUGUUAACGGUGAUGAUCUUGGUCUGUGCAACGAUCUCUACCGUAUGAAAAUCAAAGAAGAUGUCGUCCAAGAAGAUCCUCUCGCAUCCUUUCUUGAGACGAAUCAUACUGGCUCAUCUCUAGAUCCACUCUAUUUCUCACACUAUGAGCCGAGGAAUAACGGUGGAUUCUUCCACACGCAAAAGGAGCCAUUUGACACGUGGUUCAACAACGACCAAACCGAAGACAAGAGAGACAUGUUUGGUCAUCAAACUCAAGAUUCCAUAGCCAACUCUCGUCAAUUUGGAUGGCCUAGCUACCCAACCAGCAACAGUCCUUACAUCAACGGCCAGGAGAUGUUAGGGUUAGGUAUGAAUCUUGGAGGAGGGUUAACAAGAGAUCACUCAGCUUACUACAGAACACCAACACCAACAACAACAUCAUCAGACAUGUUGCCAUUGUUCUGCCAAGGAGCUCAGGCUUCUAAAGUGUCCGAACCAUUUGCCUCUGAUGAGAGUUUCUUCAUGGACCAUCAGAGAACCGGUGUUACUCGAGGAUUGAUGUCUGAUCCUACAGAGAUAUGUCACACGAGUCUACCUAACGUGUGUGACAUUCAAGGAUACGUCUACUUGAUGGCUAAAGACCAACACGGAUGUAGAUUCUUACAGAGGAUAUUCGAUGAAGGAACUCCUGUUGACGCCAUGAUAAUAUUCAAUGAAGUGAUCUCUCAUGUAGUUGAGCUUAUGAUGGAUCCUUUUGGGAAUUACUUGAUGCAGAAGCUUCUAGAUGUUUGUACUGAGGAGCAGAGGACGCAGAUUGUGCUUGUGGCUACUGCUGAGCCUGGUCAACUUAUAAGGAUAUCUCUCAACGCAUACGGUACUCGAGUUGUUCAGAGAUUAGUGGAAACUAUCAGAACAGGAAAGCAGGUUUCUAUGGUGAAGUCUGCGUUGAGACCUGGUUUUCUUGAUUUGAUCAAGGAUUUAAAUGGGAACCAUGUGAUUCAACGUUGCUUGCAGUGCCUUGGCACUGAAGAUAACAAGUUUAUCUUUGACGCAGCUACAAAGUUCUGUACUGAGAUUGCAACACAUCGACAUGGAUGUUGUGUGCUCCAAAAAUGCAUUGCUUAUUCAAUGAGGCAACAAAGAGAGAAGCUGAUCGCUGAGAUCUCUAGAAACAGUCUCCUUCUUGCUCAAGACCCCUUUGGGAACUACGCAGUGCAGUUCGUUAUAGAACUGAGGAUUCCAUCAGCGGUAGCUAUGAUGUUGGCUCAGUUAAAAGGGCAUUACGUUCAGCUAUCCAUGCAGAAGUUUAGUAGCCACAUGGUAGAGAGAUGUCUCAUGCAUUGUCCCGAGAGUCGUCCACAGAUAGUGCGUGAGCUUGUCUCUGUUCCUCACUUUGAUCACCUUCUUCAAGACCCUUACGCCAACUUCGUCAUCCAAGCGGCUCUUGCGGCCACAAAGGGUCCACUCCAUGCAUCACUUGUGGAAGUGAUAAGGCCACAUUCGAUUCUGCGUAAUAAUCCUUAUUGCAAGAGGAUUUUCUCGAGGAAUCUACUGAAGAAGUGAAAGGGUAUGCUGCUGAGUCUGUAAUUUCAAGAAUCUGUUGUUGUUCUUACUCAUCAAGCUUUGUUCGUUCUUAUGAAUAAUAAUCUCUGGACACAGUGUGAUCUUGGAUCCAGAGAUUAAGAGCUCUCAUUGUUGUUUUCUUUGUUUCUAUUGUAUUGUUCUGUUGUUUCUUUUGUUGUUUUUUUGUCUUGUCUCUGCUAAUUUCAUGUUGUAACAAACCGUGUUUCUUAACCCGGUUUAGUCUUUGAAUAAAUUCU